GCUUCUUGGUCCGACGAAGCUGCUCCUUGCCGAUCUCACGCCACACUACCCAUAUCACUGGAAAUUCUAUCAAAAAAUCCUUCGCCACAAAAAUGGCCUCGAAUUCAGGGAGAGGCUUCCUCCCAAUAGGCAGUCCCGCAAGCGAUACAUCAACAUCACCAGACUCACGGCGUGUCCAACUUCAAGGCAUAGUCUUCGACAUGGACGGCACCCUCUGCCUCCCGCAAAAUCACAUGUUCAGCCAAAUGCGUUCCGCUCUCUCCAUUCCCAAAUCCGUCGACAUCAUCGAACACAUCAACUCCCUUCCCCAAUCCGACCAACCCGCAGCUUGGAAGAAAAUCAAAGACAUCGAAUCCGUGGCCAUGCGCGAACAAGAAGCUCAACCGGGUUUGGUCACAUUACUCGCAUUCCUGGCGGAGGAGAAAGUGAAGAUGGCGAUUUGUACGCGAAAUUUCGAGGAUCCGGUGCGGCAUUUCUUGGAGAAUUUCGUGGAGGGCAAGGUGCAGGGAGGGCAGGGGAAGGUGUUUGAUCCGGUUGUGACGAGGGAUUUCACGCCGGCGAAACCGCAUCCGGCGGGGAUAUGGGAGUGUGCGAGGGUGUGGGAUGUGCGGGAGAGGAAGUUGCCGAUGAUGAUGGUGGGUGAUAGUGUGGAUGAUAUGGCUUCGGGCAGGGCGGCGGGAUGUGUGACUGUGCUGUUGAAGAGUGAAGGUAAAGAGGAUCUGGAAGUGGAUGGGAGGACAGAUCUGGUGGUAGGACGACUGGACGAGCUGAUAGAGAUUUUGAAGAAGGGUUUGUGGGUUGAUGAGAAGAAGUGA